CCGUCAGUUGGAGAAUCGUGACGUCAUGCAUGCGUCACGUGACUGACGCCUACGCUGGAAUGAUCAUGACAGGCCAGUUAAAUCGGGACACUUUGGUGACGUCACUGGCUGAUUCCUGCAGCAUGUCGUGGCCGGCAUUUUUAGAUUGCGCCAAAACUAAGCUCAGGGAGUGCAACCUUGACGAGAAUUUGGCCGCCAAAGUUCACCAGUCGUCCAUGUGCCUUAACAACAAACCACGUGAUCUCAUCCUGGACCUGGUUAGCCAGCUUCCAGAGGAAGUUGAUGUCUCGUGCGUGACCCAGAGCAAAGGUGGAAGUUUCCAGCCAUGUGUCGCGCAGCUGUUUGGAAUCAAACGCCCCGAGAACCUCUUCUUGGAGACCAGCCGUUCAAUUCUUGCAAAACGGUACGUGCAGUUCAUCCAGUGUGCCGUGGACAUGGUGGCUGAGUCCACGUGCCCUAACAAGGAGGUGAUGGCUACAGUGUUCACAGUGUUUGGACUGACCACCACACCUACUGGUGUCCUGGUCACCAAGGAUGACCUCGAGGCCUCGGGACUUUUGUCGGACGGCGACAGGAAUGACGUCAUUCCAUCAACCCGACCCCCCGCGAAGGAACGCUGAAUCCAAGGCACGGCGAAAGCCUCGCCAUUAUAUGUACUAGGACGUUUGCAACUUUGUCAUUCCAGUUCUUCUUGUGUUAACCCUUGAUGAGUUUUGUGAUAGUCCCUAUUUAUACAAACAAAAUGUACACAAGAGUUGGAAAGGAAGGCGACUACCCGAAAGUUUAAACAAGGUCGUCGGUAUUGUUUACGAACGAUCUGAAAGAUCUGUGACUCGAACCUCCCGAAUGUUUACUAGGUCACCGAUUGUAAAGCCAGAAUAAAUUUGUCACGAAACUCAUUAAACAGGCGUGGAUCACGGAAUGAUCAAAACGCUUAUGGGGUUGCUAUAUGCAAGACAGGACUACCCCACAUAAUAAUUCACUUUCUUUGUCAAUGAAACUAUGAAAUCUAAAACUAUAUGGAAUAAGCUCGACCUGUCGUAAGUGGAGGCAAUCUGAUUCGAGAAACGCCAUUGUAUGAUCAUAUACGCAACGUUUAUUAUUGCACGUCAGUCAGCAGAAUCCGGAACCAGCCACAUGCAUGCCCACCUGGCUCAUGACCGACAUUCCAACAGAUGUGGUACAGAUAGAUUUGGUUGAUGUUUUGUAACACUUUAUUGUCUUCCUACCUUCAAUAUGUGCACUAAACAUGCCACGUGAAGCGCAAGUCUAAUGCUGUUAUUUGAUCAUCCAUCCCAUGUUUAUACGUCCACACAUGUAAGCUAGGGCAGACAUGAAGUGCGUACUACGUAACGGUGGUCACGUGAGCCUGGUGUCACGUGUAAUGGUGGGUGAAGAUCUCCCACGUGGCCUUGACGUGACGUCAUGGCGUCUUUGUGCAGCUGUUCUGUUCUUUACAGCCGUUGAGCAAAUUUUGUAACAUCUAGCAUAACAGCCAUGUGCAGCACAUUCAACUGUUACUUUAAGUAUGCUAUGUGAUAAUAAAAAUAAAGUAAUAAACACACAUCAAAUGAAGUACCAUAACGAACGGACCUAAAACUAUCACCUAAGGAUACAAGACCUUGUGAAUAAGUAAAGAAUAUGUUAAAUCGUUUAGAUACCUUAUACCAGUUCCUCUUUUAUUGUCACUGUAUCAUGAGGGUUAAAGCCGUUAUAUCUGUUCACUGAUAUGUAUGAUACAAUGAUACACCCUGUAGUUCUGUAUGCUACUCGCGCACCAUGUAUUUCUGUAUGCUACAGGUGCACCCUGUAGUUCUGUAUGCUACUGGCGCACCAUGUAAUUCU